UCCGUACGUUACACACUAGCAGAAACGGAGAGCAGCUUGUCACGUUCCGUUCACACACACUCACAAAACCCUUUUCGGGAAUAAAGUUUUAUUUUUGCAACAUAUUGUACACGGUUCUUCAAAGUAAAAGACGAUGGCGCAGUGGUGCCAGCUCCAGAUGCUGGACUGCAAGUACCUGGAGCAGGUGGACCAGCUGUACGACGACUCGUUCCCCAUGGACAUCCGCCAGUACCUGAGCAAGUGGAUCGAGAGCAUCGACUGGGACACGGUGGCGAUUCAGGACUCUCUCGCCACCAUUCGCUUCCACGACCUCCUGGCUCAGCUGGACGACCAACACAGCCGCUUCGCCCUGGAGAACAACUUCCUGCUGCAGCACAACAUCCGCAAGAUCAAGAGGAACCUGCAGGAUCGCUUCCAGGAAGAUCCAGUCCACAUGGCCAUGAUCAUCUCCAGGAACCUGAAGGAGGAGCAGAAGAUCCUGGAAGGCGCGAAGAGCACCGAGCAGGAGGGGGAGGGGACGGUGUCGGCCAUGGUGGUGGAGAAACAGAAGCUGGACAACAAAGUGAAGGAAAUGAAAGACAGAGUCCAGGUGGCGGAUCAAAACAUUAAGAAACUUGAAGAUCUGCAGGACGAGUAUGACUUUAAAAUCAACACACUGAAGAACAGAGAGAACGAAAUGAAUAGCAUGACGCCAAAGGAGCUGGAGAAAGAGAAGAUGACGGUUGGGAGGAUGUGCUUCGAACUGAAAGCCAAACGACAGGACGUGGUGACCCAGCUGGCCGACCUCCUGAACGUCACUCAGGCUUUACUGUCAGACCUGAUCUCUGAAGAACUGCCGGAGUGGAAGCAGCGGCAGCAGAUCGCCUGCAUCGGAGGCCCGCCCAACGCCUGCGUGGACCAGCUGCAGAACUGGUUCACGGCCGUAGCAGAGAGUCUCCAGCAGGUCCGUCAGCACCUGAAGAAGCUGCAGGAGUUGGAGCAGAAGUUCACCUACGACAACGACCCCAUCACGCAGAAAAAAGCUUACCUGGAGGCCCGAGCCCUGGACCUCCUCAAGAACCUGCUCUCCAACUCUCUGGUUGUAGAGAGGCAGCCCUGCAUGCCCACCCACCCACAGAGACCCCUGGUGCUGAAAACAGGCGUCCAGUUCACUGUUAAACUCCGGUUCCUGGUGAAGCUGCAGGAGUUUAACUACGAGCUCAAAGUCAAGGCCGUGUUUGAUAAAGAUGUGACGGACAAGAAGGGAUUUCGGAAGUUUAAUAUUUUGGGAACAAACACCAAAGUUAUGAACAUGGAGGAGUCGAACGGCAGCCUGGCAGCAGAGUUCAGACAUUUGCAACUGAAAGAGCAGAAGGUUGCCGGCAACCGAACCAACGAGGGUCCUCUGAUCGUCACUGAGGAGCUUCACUCGCUGAGCUUCGAGUCGGAGCUGCUGCUCAACCAGUCUGGACUCACUAUCAAACUGGAGGCCAUUUCUCUGCCUGUUGUGGUCAUCUCUAACGUCUGUCAGCUGCCCAGUGGCUGGGCCUCCAUCCUCUGGUACAACAUGCUGAACACCGAGCCCAAGAAUCUGAAGUUCUUCCUCACCCCUCCGGCGGCCAAGUGGUCCCAGCUGUCCGAGGUCCUCAGCUGGCAGUUCUCCUCUGUCACCAAGCGAGGCCUGAGCCAGGAGCAGCUCAACAUGCUGGCUGACAAGCUGCUCGGAGCCAAAGCCCAGAGGAACCCGGAGGGGCAAAUCCCCUGGGUCAAGUUCUGCAAGCAGCAGAGUGCCAACGAGAAGGCCUUUCCCUUCUGGUUGUGGAUCGAAGGAAUCCUAGAUCUGAUUAAAAGGCACCUGCUCUCCCUCUGGAACGACGGCUGCAUCCUGGGCUUCAUCAGUAAGGAGAGGGAGAAGGCCCUGCUGAGCGAUAAGUGUCCCGGGACCUUCCUGCUCCGGUUCAGCGAGAGCAGCAGGGAGGGAGCCAUCACCUUCACCUGGAUCGAACACGACGUCCACGACAAGCCGCUUUUCCACUCCGUGGAGCCGUACACAAAGAAGGAACUGUCCGCCGUCUCUCUGCCCGACAUCAUCCGCACCUACAAGGUGAUGGCCGCCGAGAACAUCCCCGAGAACCCGCUCCGCUUCCUCUACCCUAACAUCCCGAAAGACAAAGCCUUCGGGAAGUACUACCCCAAACCCUCAGAGACUGCGGAGCCCAUGGACGUGGAGAACGGUCCAGAGAAGACCGGCUACAUGAAGACGGAGCUCAUAUCUGUCUCAGAAGUGCACCCGUCCAGAUUGCAGGACAACAUGAUGCCGAUGUCCCCCGACGACUACAAGGUCCUGUCCCAGUACGUCAGUCCCAGAGACAUCGACGCUGUGACCAACAAUCUGAUCACUGGAUUUGGACAGUUUGACGUUCAGAUGAGUGCAGAGUUCCCGGACCAGAACUGAAGGCUUUCUUCACUUCGUAGUGUACUUUCUGCCUUCUUUCAUGCUCUGUAGUGGUGAUGGAAAGACCUUGACACUGUCAGAUUAUGGGACCAGGAUAGAGGUCAGUGAAGUAACCACUCCCCUAGUGAAUAUAAUACAAUUACAGAUCUUGAACUUGUUUAUUUUGACAUUUUUCAUCAUCAUCAAAAUAAUCCGGUAGAUCACUGUCAAUGUUAAAAUUGCCCCUCCUCCCCUAGAUUAUUCUUUUAAGACAUAAUCCGUGUACAUUAGGGGUGGGAAAAAUAAUCGAUUCUUAAAUGCAUCGCGAUUCGAUGCCCAAUGUAGAUAAAUUAAUAAUCCAUCUAAAAAAAUAAAAAAUAAAACGGUUGAUUUUUAUUUAAAAGUCACUGUCCCCAGAAAAGUUAAUGGACAGGAUAAUGGACAACAACUUAGAGAAUAGGCACAAAAAAAUGGCCAAAGAAUUAGAUUUUGUAUAUAUACACACAUACAUACACACACGCUCUAAUAAGACAUACAUGCAAUAUUUGGGCUGUUCUAUGAUUUUAUUGUGAAGCGGUUUUUGAUUUUUCUCUGUGAAAAGUGCUAUCCAAAUAAACUUUACUUACUUCUAAGAAGCCGAUUCAAGACAUGACUCAGAUCACUGGGAGAGAAGGUGACUCAGCAUGUUUAAGGCGGAAGCGUAGGAUUAUUACAAAAUAAAAGCCUCAGUGGACACAACGUUUCAUUACAGCGUGUGUGUGACAAAUACUGUAUAUGUCAAAAUCUCCGCUAUGUCUAGCUGCUUUGUCUAAGAAGUGGUCAGCAAUCUGAGCCGCAAACUCAGAUUUAUAUCUAUAUUUUUACAAAUCACACACGGAAAUGUACAUAAAACCAUCGAGAUGCACGGAUACUCGGUUUUCGAAUCUGAACUUUGAGAUUCCCACCCCAGUGUACAUAUCGAUUCCUUUUAUUUUUCUUUAAAUGUGAACGUGCGAGCAGCCAUAACCGUAAAACCGUGGAAUGAAAGAAGGACUCUGCAUGCAAAUAUAAUUUCGUAGCAAAAACUGUGAGCUAAAAGCAUGAUGUAUAUGUGAAUUAUGAACAUUUUAUAUUACACAAAAUGUUAGGUAAAGGAGGUUUCCUCUUGGCUUUUUAUUUUAAGAAACUAUCUUUUGCUUUUGCUUUCCAUGAGUUAUGGAGGCUAAACCCCGAGGAUGAAGUACAUGGAGUAUUUUUCCGUAGCGCUCGUGCAUUUUUGUGUACUUCGGAGCUUUAACCCUCGCGUUGUCUUCCCGUCGAGCGUGCAGCUUUUUCUUUUUCUUGAAACCUUUAUUUCAACAUUUUGGUCAACUUUUUCCAAACCUAAGUUUUUUUUUUUUUUGCCCCCCCCCCCAAGCUUUUGGUUGGGUAAUUUUCGUCCCUUCUUUCAAAAAAAAAAAAAAAGUUUUUUGACUGUUAUAAAAUUGGAUAAAACUUCCAAAUUUAAAGAAAGUAGUGGGGCGAUCAUUUAUCUUACUUGUGUGGAACAAGCUGCAUUGUUUUUGGGAAAUUUGGGGAAAAAAAAUCUUAAAAAUCAUAAAAGUAUGAUAAAGAUUUAUUUUUAUUUUUUUUUCAAAAUGGGUCAAAUUUGACCCGAGGACAACACAAGGGUUAAUGAGCAAACGUCACAUGCUGCUAUGGCAGAUCCAAAAGUACUAAAGUAUCCAAUAAA